GCUGGGAUCUCACUUAUGCUGUUAAGAAAUUGUUCUUGGUUUCCUCUCCACCAGGAAACAACAACAUCUCACAUUAAAUAUGGAUAUGCUUUGAGUCAGAAACAAACGAAAACAAACUUUUGUCAAAGGAAGUGACGGUUUGACCAGAUGUGAAAUUAGGCUUGGUUACCUUAGUAACUAACCAGCAAGCAUAAGAGACACACUCUCACUCAAGUAGGUUUUGUGUUGAGAGCAGGAACCAACAUGGAUGAGCUCGAUUUGCUGUUAGAAGAGCUUGCCUUAAAUUCAGCUGGUUCAGAGAGUGUCAAUGAAACCAGGAGGAAUGAUUCAACUAAUGAAGAGGUGCCAAGCACAGUCGGUUCUGGACUGAAAGGAAAAGCCACUGCCUCCUCAAAUGUCUACAGUGAUCUUCCAGCUCCUGUGGCAGCUUCCCUGCCCCCUGACUCACCCACUAAGGAGCUUGACUCCAUCUUGCAAGAUCUGAUGUGUUUGGGAGAAGGGGAUCCAGCGUCUUCAACAACCCCACCGCCACUUACACAAAAGCAGUCUGUGAGAAGGAAAACAGAAGGCGGGCAGCAGGAGAACAAGGAGAGCAGCAGCAGCAACAGCAGCACAGCAGGUUCAGAUACGAAGGCCACAACCACAAGCAAGAAAACAGAUACUAUAGACGACCUGCUAGGAGGGCUGAGCUCUGACCUGGAGAAGAUUGGCGUCCGCACCACAGCCAAGGGCCACUGUGCUUCCUGCAACAAAUGCAUUGUGGGAAAGAUGAUCACAGCACUGGGUGAAGUGUGGCACCCUGAACACUUUGUGUGUGUGGUUUGUAAGACUGAGCUGAGCAGCAGAGGCUUCUUUGAGAGAGAAGGGCAACCAUACUGUGACAAAGACUACCAUCACCUCUUUUCUCCUCGAUGUGCUUAUUGCAAGGGGCCCAUCAUUCAGAACAUCCUGACAGCCCUGGACCAGACCUGGCACCCCGAGCACUUCUUCUGUACACACUGUGGAGACCUGUUUGGACCUGAAGGCUUCCUAGAGAAGGAAGGGAAGCCGUACUGUUGCAAGGACUUCUACCACCUCUUUGCUCCAAAGUGCUCAGGCUGUGGGGAGUCAGUGAAGGAGAACUACCUGACUGCAGCCAAUGGCACCUGGCAUCCAGAGUGCUUCGUCUGCGCAGACUGUUUGAAGCCCUUCAUCGACGGCUGCUUCAUGGAGCUGGACGGUCGACCCCUCUGCUCGCUGCACUUCCACUCCAGGCAGGGCACCCUGUGCGGCGGCUGUGGCGAGCCAAUCACGGGCCGCUGCAUCUCCGCUCUUGAUCGCAAGUUUCACCCCGAGCACUUUGUGUGUGCCUUCUGUCUGCGGCAGCUCAGCCAAGGCGUCUUCAAGGAGCAGAAAGGAAAGCCGUACUGCUCGACUUGCUUUAAUAAACUCUUUGUCUGAGGCUUCCAGGACAAAAUGCAACGCAAACAAAUCAAAUGCUGCAUCGCUGCCAUUGCUGAGAUUAUAAUUUCGUCAUAAUGUGAAUGAUAAAUUAAAAUUAGGCAACUAUACUAUUCAUUACAGUACAUUACACUGCAAGACUGUUUUUGCAUUGGUACAGAUGAGCAAUAAACUUUUCACUUCUUCAGUA